AUGCCAGCCGCGAGUAAUACCGGAAUGAUUGAUGAGUUCGAGGAAAAUAAAUUUGCAUUUAAAAGAAAAAAAUUCCGUAGCGUACUUACCAAGGUCCCACGACCUCUUUUUGGUGCACUAGUUGGUCUAUCAAGCCUUUCCAUAUUGGCUAUCAUUACCUUCAUGGGUGGUCCGGGUUCAAGGUCUAUAGCCCAUGCAAUCCUCCGGCAUAGGAAGUUGUUGGUUGAACUCGAGUCAAUAAGGAUCGUGACAAGUGCUCGCCGAUUAGGCACAUACGUGCAUGGUUUGUGGAGUGAGGAUGCCGAUGAACACAUGUAA